AUGACUGAUGAGGAACCAGGUCUGGGUGGUAUUAAGGCCAUUCUAACGGGUAUCUGGAAGACUCUUGGACAUAUUAGAAUCAUCAGGGCUAAAAAGAACACGUAUUCAAUCACUGUGGGCUCAGAGAAACUAGCCAGCAAGCUAAUUGACGACAGCCCCUGGAAUAUUAAGGGCUGCUACUUCUCAGUCCGUCAUUGGCCCCGGUAUCACUCCAUUGAUGACAUUGAGGCUAACCGUGCUAUGUACUGGAUCCAAGCCCAUGGAGUUCCGAGGGAUCAACUGUCACGCAACAAUGGCAGAAUUCUAGGUAAUGUCCUGGGUUCUGUUAUUGAGGUAGAGGACCCUAUAGUAGUGGGGAACUGUGGUUUCCUUAGGAUGAGAGUUAAUUUCGAUGCUAGUAAACCAUUGGCCACCUUUGUCAAGCUGCCCAGAAACGGAGUUGUCCACACAAAGAUUCGAUUGCAAUACGAAAACUUGAAAAAUUUAUGUUUCAAUUGUGGUCGGCUUGGCCAUAUGAUCUCAUCUUGUAGACACAGGAAAAACCCUUUGCUUGUCCAACUGGGAGUAGUUUAUGAUUCUUCAUUGGUGGCCCAACCUCCUCAAAAGCCAAUUUACACCCAGGAAUCCUAUCCCCUAGAGUUUCCAUACACUCCGACGACCGGAAUAUUUGGCCUGAGCAAGACUCAGGCAAAUUCAAAUUCUAGGAAGUUGGUACCCUUUGAUAGGGACAUGUCCUCCUCUGCACAUGGCUCUAUUGGUGGUGCAGGUAAAGCCUGUGGAUCUGCCUCAAGUGAAAAGGAUGCUCAAUGUCCCCUGCAGUGA